AUGGAGCCUCAAAAUGUGAGGGUAGAGUUGGCUGUUGAUGGGUUCAAUCCUUUCAAGAACAUGAGCAACCCAUAUAGUUUGUGGCCUGUAGUACUCAUUCCUUAUAACUUGUCACCUUGGUUGGUUAUGAAAGAUCUCUUUCUUAUGAUGUCAUUACUUAUUCCUGGAGAAUCACAACCAGGGAUCGAUGUUGAUGUCGACAUGAGACCUCUGGUGGAUGAGUUAAAUGAGUUGUGGGAAAAUGGUGCAUUAUCUUAUGAUGCCGUAACUGGUAAGUCUUUCCAGAUGCGUACAGCUUUGAUGUGGACUAUACAUGAUUGGCCUGCAUUUGGUGACAUAUCUGGGUGGAGAACAAAUGGUCAUUAUUCUUGUUACACUUGCAAUGAUGAACCAUAUUUUCAAUCCUUGAAAGGAAAGACUGCAUACACUAACCAUCGAUGCUACUUGCCUCAAAACCACCUCGAAAGGCGAAAGAGUAAGGCUUACAAUGGUGUCACAUAUGGAAAGCAUGCAAGAAACAAGAAAAGACUCUGUCAGGCACCAAAUUGGACAAAGGUAAGCAUCUUGUAUGAGUUACCAUACUGGAAGAAACAGAAGCUUCAGCACAACAUUGAUGUCAUACAUGUCGAGAAGAAUUUUAGUGAAAAUACCUUUGGAACUAUGUUAGGUAUUGACGGACAGAACAAAGACACCGACAAAGCACGAAUGGACUUGGAAGAUAUGGGCAUAAGGAAAGAGUUGUGGUUAACACGUCGUCCUGAUGGAACUUAUGUCAAACCUAAGGCAAUCUUUUCAUUGACCCCUGAAGAGAGGGAGGGUUUCUUUGAAUUCUUGAAAUCAGUGAAGUAUCCAGAUGGCUAUGCUGCAAACAUAUCAAGAUCAAUGAAUGCGAGAAAUGAAACUGCCCGUCCUAUUGGCCUAAUCACAAGGGAUGCUGAUAUGGCACAAGAAUAUCGUGAUAUGGCACAUUGGUUCUUGUUGAACAAUAGCCCCGAGAUAGAGAAGUAUCUAGAGAUACACAAAAAUCUAUUACGGACUCCAUCUGACCAAGAGAUAACCCGUAUACAACAAGAGUUUCCCAAGUGGUUCAAAGAGUGGAUAAAUAUAUUAAGAGAAGAAAAGUCACCAGAGGCAACCAAUGUUUCAUGGUCGUUAGCAAAUGGCCCGAAUUUGCUAGUAAAAGAGUACUCAGGUUGCAUAAUCAAUGGCAUACGGUUUUGUACAAGAGAAGUAGACAAUCGCCGUAAGAGUCAGAAUAGUGGUGUGCUUACGGAAGGGGAUCAUGAGGGAAUGACGCAUGAAUUUUAUGGUCACUUGUGCAAUGUUUGGGAAUUAGAGUACAUGUGUCAUAACAAAGUUGUAUUGUUCCAGUGUGAAUGGUACAACACAGGAAACACAGGUCGAAGUAGAACAUUGCGAACCGAUGAUUAUUGCAUAAGUAUUGAUGUCACAAGUCGGUGGUAUCAACACGAUCCUUUCAUCUUGCCUAGCCAGGCUAAGCAAGUCUUUUACCUAAAUGAUACCAAAUGGGGACAACCUUGGCAAGUUGUUCAACGAGUGGAACAUAGGGGUGUCUUUGAUGUACUAGAGGUAGGUGAUGGAGAAUCAAUAGAUGAACCAGAAGAAAACGUUGUGUUCCAACAAGAAACUAUUACCGAUGUUGUUCCAACUGACAUCGGCCCUAAUGUUCAAUGUUAUAGAGAUGGUGUUGAAGCAGAAGUUGUUACAAGGGUUAGCUCAUCUAAUGAAACAAUGAUAGAGAAUAGAGCUGACAAACAAAAUGAAGAGUGUGACGAACCUGAUGUGGAUUACGAUAUGGAUCUUGAUGUAGACUAG